AUGGAGCCAAACGGAGCGCGGCCCGCCAUGGACACCUUACAGGAUGCUCCGACCCCAGCCAAGCAAUCGGUUCGGUCUUUCAAGAAAAAAUACGCCAAGCUCAAGGUCAAAUUUGAGCUAGGAACUCGCGAGAAUGAAAACUUGAUCAAGGAAGAGCUGCGCAUUGAAGAUCUGUCUAAACGGAUUCAGGAACAAAACGAUCAACUGCUAGAGGUCCUCCUUGAGUUCAAUGAAAGCCUUCAUAUUCCACCCGACGUGCGGUUUGAUUUGAGCAUGCCAAACGACCCUCCCUUGCUACCGACCCCCGAGCAGGCAAUCGCGCCUUUGGUCAAUGAUGCAACACUGGCAAAGACAGCGUGGAAGGAAGCCAAGGCUGCUUUGGCCGAGGGCAGGAUCAAUGCGGAUGCCUACCGUAGCGUUGAAGAGAGCAUCAAGCGGAACAAAGCCUUUGCCCCCGCCAAUCACUACAGCUCUUUGUCUCAGUCCCAUCACCCCAGUCUAGACGUCCUAAAGGCUGGAAACGACGACACCGAUCGCAAACUCGGUUACUUUGCCCCCGAUCACGAGACUGAGUACUACCUUGCCCUGGAUGCGAAGCUUGGAGACGAGGCAGCCGCCCAGCAGCUCGCGCGUAUCCCGGAUCGUCCCACACUUGCAGAGCGCGAGCGCGACGCCUCCAUUCGAAAUCCCGCGUCGGUCUACAAUUGGCUACGACGCAAUCAACCGCAGACUCUGCAGGAUAACGAGGCCGCUUCGGAAAAAUCUGCGUCACGUCCUUCCAACCAGCGCGCUUCCAAGCGAGCACCAGCUCAACGCAAAGACGAGGACAUGUAUGAUGAAGAUGGGAUGGAUGCACCUACUCCCAAGAACAAGCGCAAGCGUGACGAGGACACGGGAUACAGACCAAAAGGUGGCAGCAGCCGGUCCAAAAAGAAGAAGGAUGAGCCCACUUCGACUCCCAACAAGGCUGUCAAGAAAUCCUGA